CAAGACACUAACCUUGCUCUUGAUCUCCAGCUCUCUCUCAUGGACUGUGUAAGACCCUAAGUCAUGCUUCAAUUCACACCUGGAAGCCCACUGAUGACUGAAACCAACAGGAAUAAAGCAACACAUAUAAGGAGCCAGAAACUCAGAAAAUCCUUCAGCUAAGGGAAGACAAACCGCACUGAGGUUUAUCUCCAUGGAGAAAUCCACUGACAAGCCAAACAGUGGAAACAGCUCGACAGCUCCUGGAUUACCUCAGGCCGACAAGGACAGUCCUGUGAUCGCUGCAGAAGGUGCUGCAGAAAUGAGCAGAGCAGGACCCCUAACCGAAAACGCUGCCAAUGUGAAGGGACUGGGAUUUAUGGAAGAACAUCUUAAAAAAAUUGAAACACCUUCAGGCACAGAGCAAGACGGUCCUGAUGCCAUUAACCCAGCAAUUUCUGAAAGAGACUGCCCAAACGCAAAGCCUCUUGUUAUGCUAACGAACAUAAACCCUUCUGAAGCAUGCAGUUUUGAAAUGAACCACCAGUGUCCAACCACAACGUCUAUUGAUACGGACUGCCUAGUCUGCUUCAACAAGUACGAUAUUUACAGAGUACCAAAGCUCCUGGACUGCCAGCAUGCCUUCUGUGCAGUCUGCCUCAAGCUCAUCCUCAGGAAAGAAGAGAGUACCUGGAUCAUCACCUGCCCCCUGUGCAGAAAAGCCACUUUUGUGUCAGGAGGACUCAUCCGCACGCUUCAAAAUAAAGAAGACAUCAUGGAGCACUUGGAAAACCCAGAUUCAAACCCUGAGGUACACAUCUCAGCCAUAGGGCUGGACAAAAAUAGCUGGACUCUGACCAGCCAAGAUGUUUUACACGGAGAUGAAAAUGUUCCAGCGGACAACAGACUGGCGAUCCAGAGACUAGUGCUGCUCCUGCUGCUUGUGGUCAUUCUCACUAUCCUCAUCCUCCCAUUCAUAUACUCUGGGCUGAUAAAAUGGGUAAUUUGUCUCAUGCUGACUUUGGGGUUGGUCCUGUCUAUGGUGCUUUGCUGCACUCCUAAAUUCUACUGGAGGUGUAACAGGGACUCGCUCACCUCCUGCCGCAAGGAGACUCACAUUGCUGCCAUCGCCUGAAACAAUAACCUGCGCUGCUGAGAGAGAAUGGACCAGUCCUGCCUGCAAAGCUGCAUCCUAGGCGCGCCAGUCAGUUACUGGACUUUGAAAGCAAUCAUUCACGCAAUAAAUUCAACAGGUGCCUAAAUUGGCCCAAUAGCAAUGAGUUGUUAAAUUUCAUUACUGGAAACAUAGUCAAAUAUUUAUAUGUUGGUGUAUACAAGAUAAAAAUUGUAGGCUUUCCAUACAAUUUUUAUCCCAGACUAAUAAUUUUGUUGGUUUGCUUUUGUCAUUUUGCUCUUCUCCAUGUCAUUUCCUGAUUAGCACUUCAGAACAUUAUCUGAAACUCCUGACAGAUAUGUCCUGUGAAAAUCCUGUGGUUGUGUUUUCCUGGUCUCUUAACACACGUACACCUUUUCUUGUGACAAUGUGGGGAAAUGAGACUGCUAAAUUUAGCCUAGCCUCAGUGGAAGAGAGUAGUUUUAACCCAGAUUAUCACUUAAUCCCUAUCACUGCCCAAAUGGUUGUUGGUAGGGACAGGAAAGGGACUGGGAAAAGGGGAUGUCAGUUGAUGCCAUUUUAAGUUACACACAAAACUGGAGAGGAGAAGGCAAAAUCAACACUCCUGAUCUUGAGUCUGUGGCUUGCAAAGGGUAAGGCUCUUAGAAGUUCAUGACCCUUCAAUAUUCCCCAUGUUAUUUAGCACAGAAAUGGUUCCUCUCACCUGAAUUCCUUUAUCUGGCUACCUGUACCACCUCUCUUCUUGCCCUCUUCAUGUUAGGUUCAACAUUGCCCCUGGAGAUGCUUAUAGAGAUAAACAGAAACCUGUCAAUUGUUACGCCAUACCACAUCUGCUAUUUUUACAUGGAAUGUGUCCAUUAAAGUUCAGUAAUAUUAAUUA